AUGAAUCCGUUGAAGCUCAACACCACUUCGGUGUCAUUGGCCGUCACGCCAACCGUUGUAUCCACCCUCUUCUCACAUUACCUCAAUCGCAAGGCUACAAAGCAGCGGCCCGACGCCCAUCUGUCCUACGACGAGGGCCUGCACCUUGUCCGGUCGUUCCUCGAGUUCGCUUCCCAGCACACCGUCGAGGAACUGCAGGCGUUCACGGCCCAAUGGGUCCCGCAUCCGCAAUGGGUCAAGGUCGAGGAUGCCGAGAUCCCCGAGACACAUAUUGAAAGGUCCGCCGGACUGAUCGAGGCACAACUGGGGCCCGCUGGUGUUCGGGCUGUUGGCGGACGCAAAUGGUGGACAUGGCGAAGGCCGCAGAGUCCGCUCAAGGCCGAAUGGGUGGAGAUGCGCGCCGACUAUCACGAACGCAAGAAGAACGGUGGCGCGACUAAGAGAGUCAUGCUCUAUAUCCAUGGAGGCGCCUACUUCUUUGGCAGCGUCGACGAGCACCGCUAUCAGAUGCAGCGGCACGCGCGCAAGCUGAAGGCAAGAGUAUUUGCGCCGCGUUAUCGACUGGCGCCGCAGUUUCCUUUUCCUUGCGGUUUGCAGGACUGCUUGGCCGCCUAUCUCUAUUUGCUUACGGUUCAGGAUCCCACAACUAUUGUGCUGGCCGGCGAUUCAGCCGGUGGCGGAAUGGUCUUGUCGAUCCUGUGCGUUUUAAGAGAUCAGGGCAUCCCACUUCCGGCUGGAGCUGUUCUCAUCAGUCCGUGGGUCGACCUCACUCACUCCUUUCCCAGUGUCUCUGGCGACAAUGAACUCGACUACAUUCCGUCUUGUGGCUUCCAUCACAAGCCAUCCAGAGCAUGGCCACCCCCAAACGAAGACGAUAUGGAGAUGAUGAGGGAGCAGGCUAUCAAGGCACGAGCGGGCAAGGAGAAGAGCGCCACAAAACUCAACAGCCUUGAGAAGAAGCAAGCUGCACCCAUUGCAUUGGAUGAAGAACACGGAGCCCCUGGACCGGAGGGCAGUCCAGAAUCUUCGGAUAAUGCAGAUCCUCUCAAAACUGCAUUGCAAAUCUCUGUUACUAUCAACGGGGAGCUGGUCACGGUCAAGGAUCAGAUCCAGUUCCAGAUGUACACGACGAACGCGCUGCUAUCGCACCCGUUGGUCAGCCCUGUCAUGCAACCGACUCUGGGCGGACUGCCUCCGUUGUUAAUCAUGGUUGGGGGUGGUGAAGUCCUUCGCGAUGAGCAGGUCUACCUUGCACACAAGUGUGCCAACCCAGCCAAGUAUCCGCCACCCGGUCUUGACGAAGCAGGCCUGGCCCAGAUGAAGCAGUACAAGCCUACGGAUGUACAACUCCAGGUCUGGGAUGACCUUUGUCACGUAGCCCCAACUCUUAGUUUCACCCGACCCGCUAAACACAUGUAUCGAGCGGCUGCGCAGUUUGGCGCCUGGGCCCUCGCGAGGGCGCAACAGACAGAGAUUGAAAUUUUGGACGAUGACGAUAUCUCUCAGAUUUCAAGCUCAGCCUCUGAUUCGGAAAGCCAUCGGCAAGACCAGACUGAAAACCCAUACCCUCUGGAACAGGUCGGUAAAGCCGGCAUGCCGUUACCGCCUUUCAAAAAGCACAUGAUUAGACAAAGAAUUAUGACUAACGGCGUCGUCCAUGAUCUUGCCCCUGAAUCGCAAUUGCCAGGCUGCGUCAUGAGUUCCGAAGAGGUCGGUGUCGUUAAGGGAACCCCGGUCAGACGAUGGCUCGACGCCAAAGCCCAAUUCGACAAGAAAUUCUCAAGUGCCAAAGCCAAGGUGCACAAGGGUAUCAUCAAAGAUCUUGCGGAUGGUUACAUAGAUUUUGGCGACGGCGAGAAACCACCACCUACCGCCUUGGCGGGACGAAGGAAAGCAUCGGACGAGUUGAUUGACAGAAAAAAAACGAAGAGCUUUGGGCUGGCUCUAUGGUCACUUUGGGGCUCAAAGCAUGAUGAGACGACAAUGGAAAGGGAGAGGAAGGCAGAUUCGGACGCAAAAACAUCGGCGUCUCAGGUUUCGCCGAGAGGUGGCGAGGGGGCCAGACCAUUCCAGGAUGUUGGGGACCAGCAACCGCCAUCGGUUGGAUCGCCCGGCAGCAAGAGGCGGAUCGUCAUGGACGAGAACCAGGUAUCGCAAACAUCUGACUCCCAGGUUGAAAUCUCUCAGGCCACAGAAGUAGAAGAUACUCCCGUUGCCUCUCUGAUCGAGAUGAGGAAGGAACAGGAGAAGCAAAACGAGGAGGCCGCCAGUGCCGCCGGCCGCUUGAGUCCUGACUUCGUGCCUGGGACUGGCGUCGCCGGCAAGCGGCCAUUCCUCGAUGGUAUCGCCUUGCCCUUCAGCCUGGGCAAAAAAGACGCGGAGACAGCGAGCAUGGUAACUCUCAUGUCCGGGGGCGACAGUCGGCCUAUCAGUCCCAUGCCGCCAAUGAGCCGGGCAGACACUUCGGACUUCAACGAGGCAUCUGCUUCCGAGGCCACUACGCAGGUCGCCGAGGCCGAACACACCCGGCCCACGCUCGACAACUUUGUCACAGCGGCAGAGGAUUUCCCUCUAUCGAAGGGCAAGGGCAAAGAAGUUGCCAACGGAAACAUUGAGCAGACUGCGUAG